AAAAGAAAAUGGCGACAAGAUUACAGGAGUGUUAAAAAUUAUGGCAACACAAAAGCCCGGAGAAUGGGUUCAGUCGUUGAUUCAGCGAUUUGACGCCCAGUUGCCCAUCAAGACUGGACUACAUACAACACAAUCAAUACAGAAUGUGGAGCAAAAUAAAGAAUGUCUUAUAAGUGUGUCCAAGCACAAAUUCUCCUUAGUUAUCAAUGGGUUGACAAAAAUCCUGCAGAAUGUCUCGAGCAUGCGUAUCCAUCCUGAAGCAGAAAGAAAUUACCAUGAAUCACAACUCAUCAUUUUGGACUCCUUAGAACAGGUUCUGAAUUCUCAACCAAAGGACACCUCGCGUCUAGAUGAGGCAAUUUAUGUUAAACUUCUCCUUCCAGAGAUAUGUAAGUUCCUGAAUCAGCCCACAGACAACCCUAACCCACUGGUUCUACAACUGAAGAACUUGGCCUCCAAAGUUCUGUUUGCUCUCAGCCAGAAUAACUUCACAGCCGUCUUCAACAGAAUCUCUGCAAAGUUAUCUAACCUGCCUAGUGCUGAUGGUGACCAGUCAGACCUGUCAGACCUGGAGCUUAUCCAGCAUAUAAACGUAGACAUCCACAGACUUAUCAAACUUCUUAAUGAGGUAGUGUGUAAAUUUAAGCCCAUUAAGAAACAGGUGUUUCAGACAUUGGCCAAUAAUUUAGAAAAGGCAAUAUGGAAUUGGAUGGACAAUUACCCUGAAGAAUUUACAGACUUGCAGAAAAGGCCAAAUGAAGAAUUGCAAGAGUGUUCAGACAAAUUGUUUGAGCAUUUUAACACGAGUUGUAUGGAGUCCCGGAAGAGGACAGCAGCCGUUUGGCCGUUACAGAUGAUGCUGCUCGUCAUGUCCCCAAAAAUCUUGGAAGAAAUAAGUAAUGCAGAUGCAGGUGCUCCUUGUUCACAACAAAUUAUGAAAAAAAAAAUGUUCAUUGACGAGGUGAAGAAAGCUAUUGCCUCCCAUCAUGGAGGUUCGAAACAGAUGAUAGAGGGCGCUGCCAUUACCUGUGUCCGACUGUGUAAAGCCUCCACUUACAUCAGCAUCAACGACCGCCUAAAUGUCCUCUUCUCCUUUGUACAGUCCAUCAUUAAUGAUUUAAAGAAUCUUCUGUUCACACCACCACCCACCAAAGCUUUCUCCCGGGGGCAGGGCAUUGUGGGACAGGACCUGGAUUUAUAUAUAGAUUGCUUUGUGUCCUGUUUUAGAAUUACACCACAUAAUAACGACGUUCUGAAGAUCUGUCUGAAUCCACACUCCCCUCCCAUCUAUCACUUUGUACUGGUCAAUGCACUGCACAGAAUUAUCACUCAGCAAAGACUGCCCUGGUGGCCCAGUAUCAAUAUCAUAUAUGGGAAAGCAGCUGAGCUCCGCAGCAUGUUCACUGAUACCCUGAAUAAAGUGACCCAGGGUAUGGCCACCAACCCCACCCCCAAGGUCACUGGGAGCAGCAUCCCCUACGUCAGUAUAGCAAACUUUACCAAGAUGACCCUGUACAAACUGAGUAAGGCUACAGAUGAGAACAUGACGACCUACCGCUACCUGCUGCUGUGGAUUGUGAGACUCAUUCAUGCUGACCCCUACCUGAUGUUACAUAAUCAGGGUAAGCCAGGUCAUGAGAUUCAGAGCAGCACCCUGGAGUUGAUGAACGGACUGGUCUCUCUGGUUCAUCAGCAGUGUAUGCCAGAUGUGGCUCAAGAAGCUAUGGAGGCCUUGCUCUGCUUACAUCAACCCCAGAAUAUUGAGUUGUGGAAUCCGGAGUCACCCAUUAACACAUUCUGGGAUGUCAGUUCACAAGUACUGUUCUCCAUAUCUCAAAAGUUGAUUCAGAGACAGCUGGUAAAUUAUACCGAGAUCCUGAAGUGGCUGCGAGAUAUCCUGGUGUGUAGGAAUACCUUCCUCCAGAAACACAGUGCUAACGCCAACCUGGGCAACAACAAGACCAUCUGUAUCCACAUCAAGUUAGAGGUUGUAUUUUUCAUGUACCUGUGGAGUAUUGACAUUGAUGCUGUGUUGACGGGCAUGUCCUGUUUUCACCUUCUGUGUGAGGAAGCUGACAUUAGAUGUGGAUCAGACGAGAUGGCAGUUACCCAGAUACUCCCUAACUACAAUGUGUAUGCCGACAUUGCUCAGGCCAGCACUGUAUUAACAACAGGGAGAGCUGCGUUACAAAAACGUAUCAUGGCUUUGUUAAGAAAAAUAGACCAGUACACAUCAGGAAACUCACAGGCCUGGGAUGACACAUUCAGGAACUGGGAAGUUAUCACACAGUAUUUAGAGAAUUAUCCCAAGGACGCAAAAGUGAAAACAGACUCAGAAAUUCCAACAGGCCUGGGGGACACCAUUAGGAAGAGAAAACCACCUCAUCACGCAAACACAGAACAUGAGCUGGAGGACCAGUUGAAUGAGUGGGCCAACAUGACAGGAUUUUUGUGUGCUUUGGGAGGUGUAAGACUGCAGAACAGACCACAUAGAAUAAGCGGAGGGCCUUCCAUAGCAUCAGGACUGGAUUCUCGUAAGAGCAGCUUGAUGCAGAGUUAUGAUACUCAGUACUGUCCUGUCACACAAUUUAUCAGUAACAUGCUGAAGUUGUUGGUCUGUCAGAAUGAGAAGUUUGGAGCUCAGAUUCAGAAACAUGUAAAGGAGUUGGUAGGACAUGAGUUAAAUCCGGCCCUUUAUCCCAUUCUGUUCGACCAAAUCAAAGUCUCAGUGGACAAGUUCUUUGAUCCCUCUGGUCAGGUGAUGGUGACAGAUUUGAACACCCAGUUCACAGAGAAUGUGAUAUUUAUUAUGAAGAAUAUUCUAGAAAUGAAGACAACAGACCAGCCCUGUGAACAUUUAGGGGUCACCAGUAUUGAAUCCCUCAUGUUGGCAGUGGUCAGGUAUGUGAGGCAUCUAGAUUCCACUGUCCACGCCAUUCAGAUAAAGAUCAAACUCUGUCAGUUAGUGGAAGCCAUGAUGCACCGGCGCGAUGACCUGACAUUCAGGCAAGAGAUGAAAUUUCGCAACAAAUUAGUGGAGUAUCUGACGGAUUGGAUCAUGGGAAAUUCCCAUCAAGUUAACAUCGGUGAUAUGUGUAGCAUGUCAAGGAAACCUAUGCCUAGAACUGGGCUACAGCGAUAUAUUCACAAUCCGAGUGGGCCGGGCUCCUGUGCCAAGGGCCCACCCUAUGUGCCCAGUCCCACACCAUUAUUUCUGCACUCCCAAACCACGGUAGACUUGGAUCAGGCCAGUAUGCAGGGGGUGGCGGCCCUGCUGGCAGGAUUACCCCUCCAGCCAGAGGAGAGUGACCGUGGCGACCUCAUGGAGGCCAAAUCACAACUAUUCCUUAAAUACCUGACAUUAUUUAUGAACCUCCUGAAUGACUGUUCAGAAGAAGAACAGGACACAGCCAUGGACCCUAACAGAAAGCGGAGCACGUCUAACCUGUCUGCCCUCAGGAACUGUACAGUCCAGGCCAUGUCCAACCUCCUUAAUGCCAACAUUGACAGCGGCCUGAUGCACUCUAUAGCUCUGGGAUACCACAAAGAUCCCCAGACCAGGGCAGCCUUCAUGGAGGUCCUGACUAAGAUCCUGCAGCAGGGGACAGAGUUUGAGACCCUGGCCGAGACUGCCCUGGCGGACAGGUUCGAGAGGUUGGUGGAACUAGUGACCAUGAUUGGGGACAAAGGGGAGCUUCCUAUAGCCAUGGCACUGGCCACGGUGGUACCUUCUCAACAAAUGGAUGAACUGGCCCGAGUGUUUGUUAAUCUGUUUGAUGCCAAGCAUCUCCUAUACCAGCUUCUGUGGAACAUGUUCUCCAAGGAGAAUUUUGAUGGACAGGUGGAGAUUGCUGACUGCAUGCAGACAUUGUUCCGCGGCAAUUCUCUGGCCAGCAAGAUCAUGGCCUACUGCUUCCGAUUUUACGGCCAGAACUACUUACGAGAAUUACUUAAUCCUCACAUCAUGGAGAUGGCUCAGCUGGAAAAGCAACAGAAAGUGUGCUUUGAAAUUGAUCCAGCGAGGUUGGAACAUGGUGAGAAUAUAGAGGAAAACAAGAAGAAUUUGAUGAUAAUCACCCAGAAGGUGUUUGAUUCUAUUGUAGGAUCAGCGCCUCAGUUUCCGUCUAAGCUGCGAAGCAUGUGUCACUGCCUGUACCAAGUAGUGACACAGAGAUUCCAGCAGAGUUCCACGGAGGCCGUGUGGACUGUUAUUGGCACAGUUAUUUUCUUACGCUUCAUCAACCCAGCGAUAGUGUCUCCAUUUGAGUCGGGAAUAAUUGAUGAAGAGCCGACACAGAAAGUCAAAAGAGGGCUGACGCUUAUGUGCAAAAUAAUGCAAAACAUUGCCAACCACCUGCAGUUCACCAAGGAAAACCACAUGAGAACAUUUAAUGAGUUCCUCAAAACCAAUUUUGAGGCUGGUAGAAGGUUUUUUACGGAGAUUGCCUCUGACGGAGACAUUCCAGACACGGGGAAUCACAGCCUCUCCUUCAUUAACGAUGCCAACGUUCUGGCUCUACACAGACUGCUGUGGAACAACCAGGAGAAGAUAGGGGACUAUCUGUCCAGCAGCAGAGACCACAAGGCGGUAGGAAGGAGACCAUUUGACAAGAUGGCGACUUUAUUGGCGUAUCUGGGGCCGCCAGAACACAGGCCUCUGGACUCUCAUGUUGGGAUAUUUGCCACUAGAUGGUCCAGCAUGGAUAUGACCAGCACCAAGUUUGAGGAGAUCAUGUCCAAACACAACAUGCACGAGAAGGACGAGUUCAAGUCCCUGAAGAAUCUCCUGAUCUUUUAUCAGGCGGGCACCAGCAUCGCAGGCAACCCAGUGUUUUAUUACAUAGCCAGACGAUACAAGGUUGGAGAGAUAAAUGGAGAUCUCCUUAUCUACCACGUGCUGUUAACACUCAAACCAUUCUACAACAAGCCAUUUGAACUUGUGAUAGACUUUACACACACCUGUGCAGAAAAUAGAUUUAGGACUGAUUUCCUGUCUAAGUGGUUUGUGGUGAUGCCGGAGGUGGUGUAUCAGAACAUCACGGCCUCCUACAUCUACAACUGUAACUCCUGGGUCAGAGAGUACACCAAGUACCACGACCGCAUCCUCAACCCUCUCAAAGGAAAUAGGAAACUUAUUUUCAUUGACCAUCCAGCCCGAUUGAAUGAGUACAUUGAACCUGAUCAGCAGAAAUUGCCAGGAUCCACUGUAGCCCUGGAGGAGGAUCUAAAAAUUUCUAACAAUGCUCUGAAGCUAUCUCACAAGGACACGAAGGUUACAAUCAAAGUAGGGCCCAACGCCAUACAGAUCACUUCUGCUGAGAAGUUGAGAGUACUGGGACAUCAAGUUCUGCUGAAUGAUAUUUACUACGCAUCGGAGAUUGAAGAGGUGUGUUUAGUUGAUGACAAUCAGUUUACCUUGACGAUAUCCAAUGAGAGUGGGCCCCUGUCUUUUAUUCAUAAUGACUGUGAUAACAUUGUCCAUGACAUAAUCCACAUAAGGACCAGAUGGGAACUGUCCCAACCAGAGUCUGUGACGGUUCACACCAAAAUCCGACCAAAAGACGUGCCCGGCACGCUGCUCAACGUCGCCCUGCUGAAUCUCGGAAGCUCAGACCCGAGUCUCAGAUCUGCUGCCUAUAACUUGCUGUGUGCACUCACUCAAACCUUUGACCUGAAAAUUGAGGGCCAGUUAUUAGAAACCACAGGAUUAUGUAUCCCUGCAAACAAUACCAUUUUCAUCAAGCUGAUCAGUGAAACCUUGGCUGUAAAUGAACCACAUCUGACCUUAGAGUUCCUGGAGGAGUGUAUACAGGGGUUUGGUAACUCGAACAUUGAGAUGAAACACUUGUGUCUGGAGUACAUCACUCCAUGGCUACCUAACCUCACAAGAUUUUGUAAACACUCGGAUGAGAAUAAAAGACAGAAAGUGGCUUUGAUUCUGGACAAGUUGAUCACCAUGACAAUAGAGGAAGUAGAGAUGUAUCCCUCGAUUCAAGCCAAGAUUUGGGGAAACAUCGGAAAAGUGGCCGAUCUCUUGGAUAUGGUGCUAGAUAGCUUUAUCAAGAGAAGUGUCACUGGAGGGCUGGGGUCCAUACAGGCAGAAAUCAUGGCUGACACAGCAGUGGCCUUGACCUCUGCUAAUGUACAGCUUGUGUCCAGAAAGGUCAUAGGUCGAUUGUGCAGGCUGAUAGACAAGACCUGCACCUCCCCUACCCCCACAUUGGAACAGCACUUGAUGUGGGAUGACAUUGCUAUUCUGGCCAGAUAUCUUCUCAUGUUGUCUUUUAAUAAUUCAUUAGAUGUUGCUAGUCAUUUACCCUUCCUGUUUCACAUUGUGACACUACUGGUGUGUACAGGCCCUUUGUCUCUGCGAGCCUCCACACACGGGCUCGUUAUCAACAUCAUCCACUCACUGUGUACAUGUUCACAGCUCAGCUCCAUCAAUGAGACCACUAUGAAGAUUUUGAAGAUGAGCUUGGCUGAGUUCUCCCUCCCCAAGUUCUACCAGUUGUUUGGGAUCAGUAAGGUCAAGUCUGCUGCCGUCAGUGCAUUCAGGACCAGCUUUAGGCCGGGGGAUAGAUCCUUCACCAUGUCCCCUCCAGAACACGAGAAAAUGUCUCUCUCCUCUCUGGAAACCAUUGUAGAUGCUCUUCUAGAGAUCAUGGAGGCGUCUAUGAAAGACAUUCCAAGUUGUGAUUGGCUCCAGCAAUGGACAGAUUUGGCUAGAAGGUUUGCAUUCCAGUACAAUCCUGCCUUACAGCCCCGAGCUAUCAUUGUGUUUGGCUGCAUCAGUAAAACCGUCACCGACUCAGAAAUCAAACAGCUCCUCAAAAUCAUGAUGAAGGCUCUGGAGUCCUUUAAUGACCUGACCUUGAUUGAGGCCAUUGUUAUGUGUCUGACAAGGUUACAGCCUCUACUGAGAUCUGAUUCCUCGAUCCACCGAUUCCUGUUCUGGGUGGCCAUUUCUGUACUACAGCUGGAUGAGCAGUCAUUAUACGCUGCAGGCUUGGCUCUACUGGAGCAGAAUCUCCACACCCUGGACAACAUGGGACUAUUUGAUAGAGAGCCUCUAGAGAAGAUCAUGAUGGAGACCAGGGAUCCUUUAGAGUGGCAUUUCAAACAGCUGGACCACGCCAUGGGGCUCAGCUUCAAAGCCAACUUCAACUUCGCUCUAGUUGGUCAUCUUCUGAAAGGAUUUAGACAUCCAGCACAGACGACCACAUCUCGAACUAUCCGAGUUCUGAACCAGCUGUUAUCCAUCACUGUAAAACCCACCAACAGAGACAAGUUUGAGGUGACACCACAGACAGUGCCAUAUCUUGCAGCCUUGGUCUCGGUUUCUGAAGAAGUGAGAAGUAGAUGCCACCUUAAACAUCGUACGUCACAGUACAUGAUGAAGGAGUCGCCCUCUAGUGACAGUCUCAACACAGAUAUGGCAGCAGGGGUGUUCUCCUCCUCUGCUGCGGGACCAGUGAUCCCCGUCCCCAGUCUGCCGGUGGCCUCUACCCUAGACAUCCAGCCUCCCCCCUCAAUGACCCCUCCCCCCGUGGCUACCCCCAUGACCCGGCGACAGAAGAGCUGGGAGGUCCUGGACCUGGGACCCAUGAAUGCUGCACGACUUCAGAAAGGCCCAUCACAUCCCAACCAAUCUCAGCAGCCAGGUAGCUCCAAGGUUUGGAAAAGUCUAGACGACCCCAAUCCUCGACCACCAUUUCACAACAGGAGUAACUCCAUGCCUACACCGGGUUCUAAGAAGGAUGGGAGUAAAGCGGUUAUGUCUCAGUCCCGCAGUGGGAGAGUGUCGGUCUCCAACGAGAACAACGUGCUGCUGGAUCCAGACAUGCUGACCGAUUAUCCCACCCAAGUCCUGGUGCUCACUGUGCUGGCCACCCUGGUUAGAAAUACUACAGAUGAAAAUGAGGCUAGAAUUCUCUAUGAAUAUCUUGCAGAGGCAUCUGUGGUUUUUCCUAAAGUUUUUCCAGUGAUACACAGUCUCCUGGAUGCCAAAAUCAACAAUGUCCUCUCAUUGUGCCAUGAUCAGGCUAUCCUGAAUGCUGUACAGAGCAUCAUACAGAACAUGAUCGCUUGUGAGGACCCAUCUCAACAGCAGCUGUCCUACUUACAGAGUAUCGGCUUUGGAGGCCUUUGGAGGUUUGCUGGAACGUUUAAGUCUGCGCAGAGCGAUACAGCCGAGCUGCUGGUGAACUGCCUGGAAGCCAUGAUGGUUGAGAACUGUCUCCCUGGUGACGACCUUGACAUUCUUAAUCCUUAUCCCAGCUCCCUUGGGAUUUCCUCCAAUCUAAACUUGUCCAGCUCCAUGUCCAGCCUCAGUGUCAGCAGCAUGCACUCCCCCACUGAUAAAGACACCGCCGACAAAAAUGGAGCCAACAGCAACCGCAUGCGCCACGGCUCCGCCAACAACUUACCGGGCAAAAAUCGGACGGGGAGCUUCAAGCGGAAGGAUAGCAAAAAGAAAGUAAUGGAGACCAUUGAGAACUGACUUCUCAGCGAGAAAUACAAGUUAUUUAAUGAUAGUUACAGAAAUAAUAACUUUCUUCACUACUCAGUAGAGUGAAAAAUAGGUUUAAUUUGACAUAUCAUUUUAUUUCUAUUUAUUGCUAUGAACCAAAAAUUUACCUCCAUGAGCCACUUUUUAGAUAAUCUUUCAGGCCUGUUUUAAUUUAUAUGUAAGUUAUGCUAUCUAAAUAUUUUUUUUUAACUCAGUCAAAGAUUCAGUAAACUUGAGUAGAGCUCAUUUAGUACAUUCCUAAAUUUUGAACUUGGCAAAAAAUGUAGAAGUUAAUUAAACAGUAGUGGCUGUAUUGAAAAAAAUGACACAUACAUGUAUCAUUAAUUUGAAUGUCUUGUACAGAGCUUGCUUUGUGCUUUUACUGUUUGGCCUGAUUCUUUUGGAAAAUGUUGGAUAUUAUUCUAUACAUAUAUCAGAUUUAUCAAUGAAAGACAUUUCAGUUGUUAAAUCAUCAGGAAUAUUGUUACAGUAGAUAUCAGGAACAAAAAUGGCAUUGUUGAAAUUUUUGUUGAAGUUGGGAAAAUAUUUCUAAGAUUUCAAAGUACUGUUAAUGUUUUGCUUAAUUUAUGCUCAAAGAAUGAAUUUAUUAUGAUCUUGAUAAAGAAGUAUUACAUAUCUAAGUUGCCAUACAUACCGUAUAAUUGGAAUUUUUGGCGAGACGCAAAUUUAGUGAUUUGUCCAUGAAAAUUAUUAUUUUAAUUUUAGCGAGAUGAAAUUUUAGCAAUUUUAAAAAGCUCACUAAAGAAGCUAUUACAAAUAAAGCGCAAUUAAUUUUUAGCGAUAUUCAAUUUUAGCGAUCUUUGAUACCCUUGCUAAUAAUGCCAAAAUUAAAUCCUCACUAAAAUUCCUACUUAUAUGGUAUAUUUUUUCUCAACAGAUGGGGGAAUUUAUGGCUCUUUGUUCACUUUUGCUGAAUAUAGGACAAUUUGGCCAUGCCUCUGUGUUUCGGAUUUAUUGUCAGAACCUCCACAGUUAUUUUUGAAUGGGCCAUCAUCUUUUUUUGUUUUAGAUUUUUAAAAGUUUGAAUACACAGAUAAGCUUUCUUAUUAACAUUUACAUCAACAAGAUGUUUACCUCUAAUGAAUAUCAGUUUAAUAUCAAGCACAGGAAUUGUUGAAAUUAUAUAUAUAACCUAAAUGGAAUAUAUUCUGCUUUCUGAUUUUAUAUACAUUUGUACAAAGAUUAAAAGAAACAGCAUGAAAAGUAAAAUUGUGUAAAGAUUAACUACAAAAAUUAAAUUAAAAUUGAUUUAAAUUCAUUUGGUGUGUAAACAAAACAGCUUGUGUAUUUGGAAUGCUUGAAAUCUCCCCAAUUACAGAUUUAUGUUAUAUAAACUGUUUUUGAACAACUACACCAAGAUGGGAAAAGACCUUCCCAAAAGAUACUGAUUUCAUCUAUAAUAUCAAUUUUUUUUAUUGGCAACAUCAAAAUUUUUAUUAUUGUGUAGGUUUUGAUCUCUGCUCUUGAUUUAUUGAUGAUAUAUCUUUGUAUGUUUAACCAUAUUGUGUUCAUCUUGUGCAAUAUGUCAAAAACAUUUGCAAAUCAUGUUUUAAUUUUCUUCAUUCUAUGUUUUCUCCUUUCUUCUCUGUGUUCAGCUUGUUUUCUCUAUUUUGUUGUAUUUUCUUUUCAUCACCACUGGUUUUUUUUUUAUGUUUUACUCUAGAAAUACAAUUUAUCUUAUUUGGCAUUGAACCAAAAUUCUAUUUAAUGUGUUCUCUUUGUUUACGGGUGAACAUGUCAUAGAUACAUUGUAGGUAAUGCUCAUAAAAUUUUUAUUGCAUACAAGUAAAAUUGCCUAAGUAAUAUUGCAUGAGGUUUCAUCUGCAAACACAUAUACUUUGUUGGAAGAAAUCAAUUUUUAAAAAAAAAAAUCAGUUUUGUUUCAUAGAAUUAUUUCUGUUUUACAUUCUACAAAAAAAAAUUUGCAUUCACUUCAAAAAUGUUGCAUGCUGUGUAUAUAAUUAGAUUCUUGAACAAUACCAAAGUUUACGUCUCCCAUGUGUAAUCACAUAGCUUGUACAUGUAUGUGUAUUUGUUGAAGGCGACCUUUUGUUAGCUCAAUGCCAUGUUUGUGUUUAAAGUUUGUUAAGAUAUAAGAACAGCAUGCUGUCAUUGUUGUCUUUCAUGUGAAAAAAAUUUGUAAAUGUUGAUAGCUUUAUAUUUUUGUAUAAGAUGUCAGGCAUAAUUUAAAUGGUUAUAUUAGUUUGAAGCAGUAUUUAUUAUAAUGCUAUCUAGUGAGUGAUAAAACUAGAUUCAAAUGUUUUUUUGAAAAAGAUAUUGGGUUGUAAUUGUUCGUUGUGAAAAGAAGUUUGAGCAAAUGAAUUUUUAUUCAUAAGUAUUAAUUAUACAAGUACAUGUAUAUAAAGUUCGGGAUAGAUUUUGAGCGAGUAUUGGGAAAAUGGAGAACUUUUUAUGAAGUGCAAACAGUUAAGACAGAAAAAUAGUUCCAGUAUUGCUGUUAUUUUGGAAAGUAUUGAUAUUUUGAAAUCCAGAAUUGUGAUGAUGUGAUUUCCUUGGCUGUUACAGUAACCAUAUUCUGUGCUAGGAAACUGUAUACAAGUACAUGUAGGUAGAUCGGAACUAAAGUCUAUUGUAUCUGCAAAUUGACUAGACUGAAUAUUACAGAUAGGGAUUUUAAUGUGUUGUCCAUUGUGCAUUAAAACUGUGCUUGUUUUUCUGUAUAUGAUUUCUAAAAAAAGUUUACUGAGUUAUAAGUUUUUGGUCAGGUCAGUUUGCAACAUGAAACAAGUUUUUUCCACAAACAUUUUAAAAUAUUUUUAGAUUUUUUUUCAACUAGAAUUACGCGUCUAAAGCAUUAUAACUGCUAGUUCUCAGGUGUUUAGAAAUACUCAGCCUUAAUUGAUUAAGAUUCAGAAUCAUAAUUUACAAUGAAAACAAUAAAAGUGGUUAAAUCAUAGUUCACAAUAUCGAUUUUUUUAUGUGGUUUGUUAUCAAAUCAGUUUUAAAUUAAUGAUGCUUCAAAUCUCAUAUAUUUUGUGCAAUUUACAGUAUGAAUAAAUUUUUCCUCCCAGUAUGGAUGUUAUAAAAGUAAGAAACAUAGUUAUGUUAAAUUUUAAAUGAAAUUCUAAAUAGUUCAUCCACUGAAGGCAUUACCGUAUUUAAUACGAUAAAAUAAUUUUUUUCUGUAUGAAGUGCUGUACAAAGCAGUUAUAAUUUUUAAGUGAUAGAGAAACGUUUUGUUUAAAUUUUACACCAAGUGUACCUUGAUGCUUGUAAAUCAUGUGAUUGGUCUGCAAUGUCUUGUUGCCAUAGUAACAUUAGGAUUAUUUUUUGUGAACAUUUUGAUUGUUGUUCAGAAAGUCCUGUUAAGUAUGUGAUGAAAUAAAUUUGUCAAAUGAA